GUGAACUAAACGUAAAAGUAAAUAUUACCAGGCUUAAAGAGCCAUUGGAUUUAAGUUAUUUGGUUUCGACGAUCUCCCUUCUUUUAAAAAGGUCGGAUGGAUUCCACGUUGCUUGAUAAUCUUAAGAAGGCAGGGGUAAAGGACAGUGUAAUUUCUAUUCUUGAAGAUGAAGAGUUCGAUUCAGCUGGUAUUUUAAACAAUAUAUCUGAUGAGCUGUUGAAGGCAUGUGGCAUAAAAGGAGGGCAAUUUAUACGAAUCAAAAAUGCAUUGGCAACGAUUAACAACUUGGACAAGUUUCUGCCAGUAAGAAAUAUUCCAUCCACCAUUGAACCAUCCACCCAGAAGAUCGCUUUAUCCACUAGUCAUUCCUGUGCCAUAAAUGACCAUUUCAGCAAUUCUUCAGCGUCAAUUGAAGAAGCUAAUUUGUCAACAGGCACAGCGUCACCUACAACAUCUAGUACACCUCGACAUACCAUAGCAUCUGAAAAGAGUAAUCAACCUUCACCAAGCUUUGUACUUGUGGAAGAAAGGAAACCGAACAAGAACUGGAUAAAAGUUUUCUCCAAGAGUGAAUGAAGCACUGCAAGCAGGAAAACUUAAUGGAAACCUUAGGGAUGAGUUUACUGGGGACAUUUGUUCUUCUAUUAAAGCUCAUACAAUGUUUCUAUCCAGAGAAGAAAAACAAAGAGUGGCUUCCAUGAUUGUAGAAAAAUAUACUUUUCUCGUCGAUUCACUUGGAGCUGGUACAGUAAGUCAUAUUCAUAUUAUUUAAUGCAUAAGAUAAUCUUUAGAAGAAAUCCUAUAGCUUUGCUCGCUAUCUCUUAUAAUGUGCAGCAUGAACUUUCUUCGUUACAGGGGUCAUGGUUGAAAAGCAAUCACUAAUCGAUUCAAAAACAUGCGUAGAAAGAAGACAAAUUCAACAACAAGAUCUGUUUGUGUGUCUCAAACUACACAAAAGCAGCCAGAAACAAAGAUGUUUCUAAGCUGUUUUAUAUAUAUAUAUAUACAUUUAACUUUACUGGUUUCAUAUAUUGACUUGUUUAUAGUAUGUUUUAUGUUUUUGUAUA